AUGAAAGUUAAUGAACUGCUCAAUCACCGUAAAACACAAUGGAAAUCAAUUUGGAUUAGUUACAUGGUCCAGAGUCUAACAGGCAUACAAGUUUCUAUUUUCUAUACUUCAAUGUGGCCUUAUCUAAAUUCAAUCGAUCCUCAUGCAGAUCUUUCUUUCUUCGGUUGGAUUAUUGCUUCAUUCAACAUUGGCCAAAUGAUGUCAAGCUGGACUUUCGGAUAUUGGAACCAAAAAACUAUGUCUACUCGCUACCCGGUUUCAUGUGGACUAGUUUUUAUGGCAGUAGGCAAUUUUAUUUAUGGCUUACUCCCUAUUUUUAGCGACAAUCGGCAGUGGUUUAUGCUUCUUGCACGUUUUACAGUUGGCUUUGGAUCAGGCAACCUAAUUGUUUUAAGAACAUAUUGUGCAACAGCAACUUCGGAAAAAGAUCGAACGAAAGCAGUAUCUUUGGCGAUUGGUGCAUUUGUUGGUGGUCUCUCUAUGGGCCCAGUUUUGCAGGCUUUAUUCACUCCAAUUGGCAAAAAAGGAUUUUCACUGGGUGUUAUUGUUUUGAAUAUGUAUACAACACCAGCUUUAUUAAUGGUAUUAAUAUCGAAUGCAGCUAUAUUCAUGCUAUUCGCAUUUUUUGAAGAAAAUUAUGCUGGAAUUCUUUCAGUAGAUAAAAGAAGUUGGUAUUCAAUUAAAACUCACUUUAAUGCUUUUAUUGUUAUUCCCAAAUUCGAUAAGGUACCAGCAUUAAUUUGUAUGUAUUUAUGGUUUACAGUGCAAUGUAUUAGUACAAACGUUGAAGUAAUCGCAACACCUCUCACAAUUAGUCUUUAUAAGUGGACUGAUACGCAAGCUGUGUUUUACAAUGGAUUACUUCUCUUUAUAAGUUGCAUUUUAAGUGUUUUGAAUUAUUUGGUUCUUGCUUAUACAUUUAUUGGCCAAAUUGAUAAAAGGAAAUUGAUGAUAUUCAGCUUUUUGUGCUUUCUUCUAUAUCAUUUAUUUGUUUUUCCUUGGCCAUUUUAUGACGGUCCACUUGAUUACGUAGAAAUAGAUACAUCUCUGCAUGGUGGUUGCUUCAGAAAAUACAAAUGGUGUAGUCAUACAACUAAAGUGCCUCUAACUGCUUACAUAUUGUGUUUUACGAUAAUAUUUGGUUUCGCAUUUCCUUACUUAGCUGGGCCAGUUGGAACUAUUUUUUCUCAAAUAUUGGGUCCACGGAAACAAGGAAUAAUGCAAGGAUUAUUUGAACUUGGUGGAUGCAUUGCUCGCUGUGUUGCACCAAUUAUUUUAACAAUACUAUUUGAAUCAUCUGGUUACUUAUGGUCCACCAUAUCACAUAUAAUUAUGCUUUUAAUUGGAUUAUUUCUUUUAAUUAUCUUUUACAAAAGAAUUGUUCCUCUCAAAGUUGUGCCUGAAAUUGGAGUACCAACUGUAUAUAAAUCAGGAGUAUUUUAUCGUUUGUAA